AUGUUUUACCUCUUUGCGAACUGUAAUUUUGUUCCUGAUAACAUCGUAUCACAGUGGCAAGCCGCCUAUGAUGAACUCGCCAAGUAUGUCUGGUCCAGCGAACCUACCACGAAGACAUACUACUUCGGAAUCCCCCUCGACUACGCGCACGACUUUCACAAAACAACGAGUAUGUUUGCCUUCGAGGUGUACGGAGCUCGAGAGGAUCUCUACGAAACGCACCUCAACUCCCCAUCUAUGCAAAUGUUUCUCUCUUUAAUCCCCGCCGCAUCUACCACAGGCCUCGACCUCUCGCACUACGCUGCCCGCAGUGGCUUCCUCGACCUAUUCGGGGACAGCCGCGAGUGCGGCAUAAUGCAAGACACGCGCAUCGUGUGCACAUCAUCUUCCGCGCGAUCAUCUGUCUUGGCUGCUCUGACCACGCUCGCAGAGAUAGUGGAGAAGACCGAGAAAGCUGCUGGAGCCGAGGCUGGUGUGUACACUGCUAGAAUCUUUGCGCGGUUCAAGGGGAGAGAGGAGAUGGAAGCGUUCUUGCGGAAGAAAGAGGUGAUUGGAUUCUGGAUGGCGGAGAAGGAGGGGAUGAAAAGCAUGGAGUGUAGGGGGUAUUUGCCGAAUGGUAAGGGUUGGCUGCAUAGGUAG